UUUCUGUUGGGAUGAUUUUCUCUUAUGGAGAAUAUUGGUGAAAUACUCACGCUGUUUCUAUGGGUUUUUCUCAUUAUUAGAGUCCAGCAGCUCCAAUCUGGUACUUUGCAGCUCAGGAAUAGGCGAUUUACAGAAGAGGAAUCUGAAGAGGGAGGACGAGGACACUGAGGAACCACAGCUGAGGAAUAGGAGGAAGAAUAUGAGGAAAAGGACAAAUGAAAAAAGGGAUCCCCAAAGAGGUGAAUUCCUGGAAAAAUAUACUGAGCUGGAUCUACUGGGAAAAGGAGGCUAUGGAUCUGUGUUUGCUGGAUAUCGAGAGGUGGAUAAAUUACCUGUGGCUAUCAAACACAUCCCAAAUGAAAAGGUGGGCCGCAAACAUAAGGAUGAUAAUGGUCAGGAGAUGGCGUUAGAGGUGGCCAUCAUGUUGAAGAUUAAGACUGACUACUGA